AUGGCGGCUUCGCCGCGUCCAGGCGACACGGGCUCCCUCGCGCCGGUGGUCGGCCAGGAGCUCCCUCCACGAAUCAGACGCUCGGAACCCAGCAUCCCACGGAUCCGUCCCAAAGCCCCUCUCCGGUAUAAAAGAACCACCACCGUUCAACCUCCACCGCAUCAGACAUCCAAUCCCCUCCAAUCCCCUCCAAUCCCACCUUCGGAACAGCAGCCAGCAAGCGUCGCCAGCCAUGUCGGGCCGCGGCAAGGGAGGCAAGGGCCUGGGAAGGUGCUGCGCGACAACAUCCAGGGGAUCACGAAGCCGGCGAUCCGGCGGCUGGCGCGGCGGGGCGGCGUGAAGCGCAUCUCCGGGCUCAUCUACGAGGAGACCCGCGGCGUGCUCAAGAUCUUCCUCGAGAACGUCAUCCGCGACGCCGUCACCUACACGGAGCACGCCCGCCGCAAGACCGUCACCGCCAUGGACGUCGUCUACGCGCUCAAGCGCCAGGGCCGCACCCUCUACGGCUUCGGCGGCUGAGCGCGGUUCGUGCCUCGCGUGGGAUUUAGAUGUGGUUAGGCGGGUCGUCGUUCUGUGGUGUGCUUGUCCUGUGUGUGCGUGUGCAGCUGCGUGCUGGUGCUUGUAAUGAGUUCCAGAUUCUAAUAUGGGUGUUCAUCUCGCAUUGGAUUGAA